AUGAAUCGGCGCCUCCAAUCAACCCAGGCGCUGGACCGCUGCAUCCACAACAUCACACUGCUCCGCAACAGUCAAUUUCCCUUCCACAUCCAACCAGCAGUGUGGGAAAGCGGCCUCUAUAUUCGACAGACAACCCCGUGCGCGCUCAUCGCCCAAUUCAACCCCGACCUUCUGCUGGUCCCGCGUCUUACACUAGUGAGAGUGGUGCAUCAACAAUACUAUCCCCGGGCACAGGGGAUGUCCCGGGCACAGGUGAACCCCCGCGAAAACGAGGUCGACCAACAAAACAAGAGUCGGAGCGACGCAAGGCAGAGGCUGAACGUCGUGGUGCGCCAUUUCAGCCCCCGUCCAGGCGCGGGUCGCAGAAAGUGA